AUGCUAUACAGAGGAUCUUUCGUUCAUUGCCCACAGCUCGGCCAGGUGGAUAUAUUGAAUGAUCACUUACUAGCUGUCAAUGAAGCCGGUUUCAUCAAGCACUUCGAACCUUCAGAUUCCAUCAACUCACGUCGAUAUCUAGAUACACAUCUGGCAUCUCAAGAGUUGAUCGCGUUGGAGCCAGGCAAUUUCCUACUUCCAACUUUCUGUGAUUUGCACCUACACGCGCCGCAGUUCUUGUACCAAGGGAAUGGGCUACACUUACCUCUCAUGAAAUGGUUGGAUGAAUAUGCCUUCAAGGCUGAAGAGGAAUUGGACUCUAACCCUGCUUUGGCGAAGAAAGUGUAUUCUGGUCUUGCCAAUCGGUUAAUUGAGCACGGAACUGGGGCUGUCAUGCUUUUUGGCACGAUACGGGAGGAAACAAAUCUGAUUCUUGCAGAAGUUUUCUUGAACGCUGGAUUAAGAGGGUUCAUUGGAAAGCUCUCGAUGGAUAUAUCGACUCGUCCCACGUAUGUCGAAAACUCGGCAGAAGAAUCUCUUGUCGCCAUUGCAAGCUUCAUAGGAAAGCUGAAGGCAAUGACGAGUCAGCUCCCCGUCCACAGACGGCUGGUUGAGCCCGUCGUCACUCCACGCUUUGUACCGACAUGUUCCAACGAGUUGCUUCACGGACUCGGAAAGUAUGCACGAGAACAAUGUCUUAGAAUCCAGAGCCACUUAGCCGAAGCUCACGAUCAGGUGGAUUGGGUUAGACGUGAACGAGGAGCCGAAGAUGUGGAAGUGUUUGAAAAGAACAAUCUUUUGACACCAAGAACGGUCCAAGCUCAUUGCACAUUCCUUGACAGUCCCUCCUUAUGCAAGAUCCAUGAUCAGCAGACCACUAUAGCGCAUUGCCCAUUAUCCAAUGCUUACUUCUCUGCAGAACCUUUCCGGCUUCGUGAAGCGUUGAACAUAGGCGUGUCUGUAGGUCUUGGCACCGAUGUCGCUGGGGGGUACAGCAUCGACAUCAUGAAUGCCAUGAGACAAGCAGUUGUGGUGUCUCGAAUGAGAGAAGGUGCGAGGACAAUGGGAAAUAUAUCAUCUCGAGUGAGCCUUGCCAUCGAUUGGAAGGAGGCACUCUACCUCGCAACACGCGGAGGUGCUAUAGGCCUAGGUCUUCCCGAUGGGAGUGGUAUGUUUCAAGUAGGUGCCCCAUUCGAUGCACAGCAUAUCGAGCUGUUUAAGAUAGAACCCGCUCGCGGUAUAGGAUCUUUCGACGUGUUUGAACUCGAAUUGGAUGGGCACGGACUUUCAGAAGAUAUGGUAGAAAAAUGGUGGUGUCUUGGUGACAGCCGAAAUCGCUUAGCAACAUGGGUGCAGGGUGUCAAACUUGCUGCAAUUCCUGUUCAAGAGUAA